AUGAGAGCCCUAUUAAAUCUUUUCAAACGCUUUAGCAUCAUAACUGUUGUUCCUCGUAAUGGUUUUUCAAACUCCAGCUUCCUCUGCGCCUCCAUCUCCAGUUCCACAUCCUCUCCAAGACCAGUGGAGCUCAUCCAAAGCAAAACCACGAACCAGAUAGCCCUCAGUAUCUCGUCCGCCUUGCAAAAAUGCACCAACCUGAGCAGUGUCAAGAAAGCACAUGCAAAGACCUUUGCUUUUGGUCUCCAACAUGACAAACAUUUAUCGAUCAAAAUUGCCAUCUUGUAUGUUUCCUUUGAUAAAGUUGACACUGCAAAUAUUGUAUUCGAGUCUACACCCAACCCAUCAAGUUGCUUUUGGAAUAAUAUGAUACGGGGCUAUGCCACUGAGGGCCAGUUUGGCCGGUCCUUGGGACUGUACAAUAAGAUGUUGCAAGAGGGUCUAAUACCCGAUAAGUUUGCAUUCCCUUUCGCGCUUAAAUCUUGUGCAGGAUUGUCCAAUUUGCAACUGGGGAAGCUGGUUCACCAGCAUUUACUCUGCUGUGGGUGCACCGAUGAUCUUUUUGUUAAUGCUGCUUUGCUUGACAUGUAUGCAAAGUGUGGGGAUGUUGAAAUUGCACGGUUGGUAUUUGAUAAAAUGGCAGUGAGGGAUUUGGUUUGUUGGACUUCCAUGAUAUCUGGGUAUGCCCACAACGGUUAUAACAGUGAGACGCUCGAGUUUUUUAAUUUGAUGCGUGGUUCAGGGGUAAAACCCAACCGGGUAAGUCUUUUGAGUGUUCUUCUAGCUUGUGGUAGUCUGGGAGCUUUAAGGAAAGGCGAAUGGUUUCAUAAUUAUGCAAUACAAACUGGGUUUGCAAAUGAUAUCCUUGUUGUGACAGCUGUAAUGGAUAUGUAUGCGAAGUGUGGGAGUUUGGAUUUGGCUCGUGGGUUGUUUAAUGAAGCAGCAGGGAAAGAUGUUGUUUGCUGGAGUUCGAUGAUUGCAUGCUAUGGAAUUCAUGGGGAUGGAAGGAAGGCAAUUGAUCUUUUUGAUGCAAUGUUAGAAGCAGGAGUAAGCCCGAACCAUGUGACGUUCACCUGUGUUCUUUCAGCUUGUGGUCAUUCAGGAUUGCUAGAAGAAGGCAGGAGAUAUUUCAAAUUGAUGAAAGAGGUGUUUCGGAUUGCCCCGAAGCUCAAUCAUUUUUCAUGUAUGGUGGAUCUUCUUGGCCGUGCUGGACAACUAGAUGAGGCAAAAAACCUUAUAGAGAAUAUGCCAGUGAAACCUGAUGCAACUAUAUGGGGAUCUUUACUUGGAGCAUGCAGAAUAUAUGGAAAUCUUUAUUUGGCCGAGAGAGUUGCAGAUGUUCUUUUUCAUUUAGACCCAUUACAGUCUGGCUAUCACGUUCUACUCUCUAAUAUCUAUGCUGCUAAAGGUCGAUGGAACAAAGUCGAGAUGGUGCGGAAUUUGAUGGCCAGAAUCGGAGCCAAUAAGAUUCAGGGAUUUAGUUUGAUUGAGUUAAAUGAUAGAGUUCAUAGAUUCAGUGCAGGAGAUCGGUCUCAUCCUCAGUCGGAUGGGAUUUUAUCUAAGCUUGAGGAGCUGGCAGCAAAGAUGAAACGCUUGGGUUAUGUUCCCUUGACAGAUUUUGCCCUUCAUGAUAUCGAAGAGGAAGGAAAAGAGGAGGCACUUUCUUACCACAGCGAGAGGCUGGCUAUUGCAUUUGGUCUCAUUAACACCAACCCAGGGACUGCAAUUCGCGUCACAAAGAAUCUUAGGAUAUGUGGAGAUUGCCAUAAUGCAAUUAAGUUCAUUUCAAAGAUUGUGAAACGGAUCAUCAUUGUAAGGGAUAUGCAUCGGUUUCACCAUUUUGAGGAUGGGGCUUGUUCGUGUAGAGAUUACUGGUAAUCACAUGGAUAUCUCUGGUUCUGCUUAAUUGUUAGGUAGCUGAGUCCGGCACGCGGGUUUCUGUAAGUUGCUUAGAAGCUUGCACAGAGAUGUAAAUCCCGAUUCAAGGAAACUAUCUUGAAUUUCUCACCAUGAAAUUUUUCUUGGUCGACAAUAUUAAUGUAUUAUGGUCCUUAAUUGACCGUCUUUGAUAAUGAAUACC